AUGUCAAAUCCUGAAAUUAUGUUCCAUAAUAACGAAUCGAGAUGGGCGAAUGUUGGCCUUAGAGCUUUGGUAAGCACUGCCGCCCACCCUUUCGAGUAUGCUAAAGUACUCAUACAGAUCGGUUAUGAGCCUAUACCGCCCAGAGCCGCAACAAACAUUUUCGGCAAACCUACAUUGAAACUACCUAACAUUUUCGAGUACGUAAAACACAUAAGAUCAGUAGACGGUUUUGGAGGACUGUAUGUAGGCUUAGCCCCGAAACUUUGCGGCAACGUAUUAAGCUCGAUAGUGGCUCAAAGAUGCACCGAUUACCUAUUAUUACCUGAAAACCAGGACCUAGAGUUUGAGGAAGAAGAGACGGAAGAAACCCGCAAGAAGAAAUGUGUAGCUGCAAUGAAAUGUGAUGUCAUGAGUCGCACUGCCGCUAUUUUAAUCAGCCAACCAUUCCAUGUAAUCACAGUUAGAAUGAUGGCCCAGUUUGUUGGUAAAGAAACCAAAUAUGUAGGAGUUUUCGGUUCUAUUAAGGAAAUUUACCAGCAAAACGGUGUAUUAGGUUUCUUCAGUGGGCUUGUGCCUAGGGUUUUAGGAGACAUAUUGGCCAUAAUCCUUGCGGGAGGCCUUACCUACACUGUUAAUAGAUAUUUAGUGGAAGAUAAGGAAUUUAAAGUUUUCACUGCUGCUUCCAUGAACUUUAUUGCGACAGCAGUAAUGUAUCCAUUCCAAGUGGUCUCACAUUGUAUGGCCGUAACUAAUUCGGGUCUCCUCAUUGGAUCGCCGACUUAUAUGCCUCAUUACAAUUCCUGGAUCGAUUGUUGGAUGGAUUUGGCGAAAACCAAUCAGCUGAAAAGAGGCUCUAGCCUCUUGAUGAGGUACUAUUCGGGACCUCACGUUGUUGUGGCCGGAAAAAUGUUGCCUGUUACCGUGGAUCAAACUCUUUAUCCUUCAUUUAGAUCCUAA